GCUUGUGUGUGCUGCAGCCACUUAUCCGCUGUCGCACAGUGGAGUGAAAAUGUGUGACAGUAAAGUUUGUCUCUGUUAAUUGCGUGCGUUCAGCUGCUGCCCAUGCCUUUUGAACACAUGCCGGAUACCGUCGUGAUUAGAAGGCAGUCGUGUCACCGGGAGCAAAGGAGGCAGAGACUGUGUCCCACGACAAUGACUGACUUGCCUUCAUCUCAUUGGCAAUGAUAGGCUUGUCAAGUUAUGCAGGGGUUAUGGAAAGUCCAAUGAAUUCUGCUGUAGAACAGCAGCCCGUUUCUCCCCUCGACAACACCUGGAAACAGGAAACAAUUAACAAUCAGAAGCCAAGAAGUGUUGGCGGAUUUGUUUUAGUGCAUGCAGGAGCUGGAUACCAUUCUGAAUCUAAGGCCAAGGAGUACAAACACGUGUGUAAAAGGGCAUGUCAGCGAGCUGUGGAUCAGCUCAAAGCUGGGGCGCUGGCAGUGGAAGCAGUGGCUGCAGCACUGGUUGAACUUGAGGACUCUCCCUUUACGAACGCUGGCACUGGCUCCAACCUUAAUCUGUCCGGAGAAAUUGAAUGUGACGCCAGCAUCAUGGAUGGAAAGUCGCUGCAUUUUGGCGCUGUAGGAGCCAUAGGUGGCAUUAGGAACCCAGUCUUAGUCGCGAACCGUCUGCUGAGUGAAGCACAGAAAGGGAAGCUUUCAGCUGGCAGAAUACCCCCCUGCUUUUUGGUGGGGCGAGGAGCACAUGAUUGGGCAGUCAGCCAUGGUAUACCACCAUGCCCUUCAGAUAAAAUGGCUACCAAGUUCAGUUUAUCUGCAUACAAGAGGAACAAGCGAAAGAUGGAACUGGCAGAGAAAAUGGACACAGGACAUAAUCAGACAAAGAAAAGACGACAAUCAAGUGAAAAUGAAAAUGGCUCUGGGUGCCUUGACACAGUUGGAGCUGUCGUGGUGGAUCUGGAAGGGAAUGUAGCCGCUGCAGUGUCCAGCGGAGGCCUGGCGAUGAAACAUCCCGGCAGGGUGGGACAGGCUGCUCAUUACGGAUGCGGCUGCUGGGCUGAAAAUGCCUGUAAUAUGAACCCUUACUCGACAGCAGUGAGUACCUCAGGCUGUGGAGAGCAUCUGAUUCGCACUAUGCUGGCACGGGAAUGCUCUGCUGCCAUGCAGUCUGAAGAUGCUCACCAAGCGCUGCUGGAGGCUAUGCAAAACAAGUUCAUCAGCUCCCCCUUUCUGGCCAGUGAAGAUCGCGUUUUGGGUGGAGUAAUCGUCUUGCGGUGCUGCACAUGUGUAGAUGCUCAGCCAUCUCAAAGCAUUCAGGGUAUUCUGGUGGAGUUCUUAUGGAGUCACACCACAGAGAGCAUGUGUGUUGGAUACAUGUCGGCCCAAGAUAGUAAAGCUAAGACACACAUAUCCAGAUUACCAGCGGGGACUGUUCCUGGACAGUCUCUGGCCAUCGAGGGAGGGGUGUGUCGGCUGAUGGCUGUUGUGGAGUGAACACUGUUCCCCCUCCUCCUGGGCUCCUUCAGCAAUACUUAAACACACACACACACUCACACACACACCACCCUCGCCUCCUCUGUGGUGGCAGAAGUAAUAAGCUGGCUGUUUUAACAGGUGUCCAGGAAGGAGGGAGUUGUGUGAGCUUCUAUUUAGUGCACUUCCAGGACUUCCUGUUGCCACUGUCUGCCUCCAGCAUGUACACUAUGCCCCCUGGAACUCCCCCCGGUGUCACCUGGGAUACACUUGAUGCACCAUUGCCUUGAUGUUUUUUUUGUUUUUUUUUUUGUUACUCUCCCAAUUAUAAGUGGCAUGAUUCAUUUUGUAUAUGAGCUUUGAUUUAAGGAAACAGGGUGGAUGAUUUUUUUUUUUUUUUUUUUUUUUUUGUAUUCCUGAACAGAUAUAACUAUUUUCAAACUUCAAUGAAUUUAUUGAAUUUCAAAUGCGUGGCCAUAUUUGACCCUUUCCCAUCCUUAUCGAUAUAUCAACUUGCACCUUGUGGAGGAUUUUUUUUUGUUCUGAGUGAAGAUUGUUUUGUUUUAGCUGUGAAAUUGAAACAGUGAUAGGAAAUGCAGUUUUUCAGUGGUAAUGCGUAUAUAACGAUUUCAGAAAUACACCCGUGCUGUUACUGCUCUUCCUGCACACUGUACAACGUAGCAUAUCGUGCAUCGUAGGUUCAUGUCGAGUUUUAUGUUCCAACCAUAGAACGCUUUGCUUUUUUUAUAUAUAUAUAUGGAAAGUGAUCACAUAUCUCCUGCAUGUACACGAAGACGAUGUAAGCCACUUUCUUUUUCUCUUCCAGAGUGAAGCUUAUACAUAUAUAGUGCUCAGGUAGCAACGUUCAACCCAACCGCUAAACAGGACUGUUAGUCAUGUAAAUCAAAUCAUAGUUUAUAUUUGUACAGUCCCAUUCACAGAGACUUGUAUUUUCUUGGUAAAUAAACAUACAGCUGAAGACUAACGUAUGCAUCAAGCCCAUGGAAUGGUGCUUCUGAUAAUUGUACUUGAAAAGAGGAAAGUCUGAUUCCAGACUUUUUUUUGGGAUGAUCAAUUUCUCUGAUUUAGCUUUUUCACUUAGUAGGAAUCGCAGUCAGACAACAGAAACCACAGUAAAGCUUGUUUUUUUUUUAUUGUUUACUUGAAAAUACAACUAAUAUAAAACCUUAUAAGCUAUGAAAAUCCUAUGUGCACCGCUCUUUACCGUGCUUGAAAAGCAAAUUAAAAUCUAUGUUGCUACAU